AUGAUUCGGAUGGUGACUGGAUUCAAGCCAUCUCUCUCCCACUCUUUGCCAUUCCCUUCUUCAUCCCAUUCAACCAGCAGUUCCAUGCAUGGGCACAUGAAAUUAUCCCCAACGUCCAACAGCAAUGCUGCCUCCCGAUCCAUGUACUGUACUUGGUGUGCAAACGGCCUAGUACGUGCUCACCCUACCCAGGAACUGGGUACUGGUACAGUCCUGACGGCGCUGCAUUGCUCUGCGACCACCCCCCCCGGCCAGGACGCCGCCAAAGCGUGGGGUCGAGGCAGAUGCGCGCUUCUGGCUGGCUUACCCGACCCUUUCAACCCAGCCGCUAUUGGAGCCCUCGCAGAUCCACCAUCAUCAUCGUUGCGCCCGUCGUCAAUCGAGAAAUCGUCGCCGUCGUCGUCGCCCUCCUCGUCGCCCAUAUUGCACCCUAUUGCUAUCCUCCCUCCCUCCACCGCCGCCACAGUGAAUGCACCUGUCCCUCUGUUUGCCGUCUCCGUUGUCCCCUCUCACUCCCAACCCUUUCUCUGCUCUGCUGUCCCGGACGACAGCAAAUUAGGGACCUGGCCGCCAAACGCCGUCGCAACCCGCACCUCACUCCACCAACAGCACCCGCAACUCCCACCACGUUUCCCUCCUCCUCACCAACCCACCGCCAACCUGGAGUCCAACCCGCAGGCUGCGCUUGACAUGUCGUCGGCAGCCUCCCGCCAGGGUGUGCUCGCCCACUCGUCCAUUUUUCCCGCCCUCAAGAACGAUGCAGACGCUGCCGAUCUGGGUUCGCCCGAAGAAAUGCAGCAAAACGACCCGCUGGCUACCCAGGUGUGGAAGUUGUACUCCAAGGCCAAAACCCAGCUGCCAAACAGCGAGCGCAUGUCCAACUUAACAUGGCGGAUGAUGGCUAUGAAUAUGCGACGGGAGCGCCAAAGUCGCAAUCGCAUACAGGAAGAAGCCGAAGAGGAAGACGCGCGAGUCGACUUCACGACUCCCUCCAUGGCUGCGCCCGCCAGGCCGGCGCCCAAGAGCGCUCCCAGCGGCAUCGCACAGCAACUGAGGAAAUCCGUGGACCAGCGAGCCCAAACCCCGACGCCGCAGUCGCAAGAUGUCAUGAAUCUCGACGAUUUCAUCUUGCCGUCGUCGGUCGGUUCUCCAGCAGGCCUGCCUCCCUCUCCGUCGAAUGAGAGCAAACCCAUGCCCAAUGUAGCUGCCCCAGCGAUACCGAUAAGGAAGCCCAAUCAGUCCUCCCACCACAACGACCUCGACCUCGACCUCUCCCUCGCCCGUGCAUCUGCUCCCUCCGUUCCUCCUGUCGUUCACCGCGAGAAUGAAUUUGGUUAUGUUCAGAGGCACGUUCGAAAGACUAGCAUUGACGAGCGACGUCCGCCCAAGCGGCGAGCAGAGGCUUCUCCUCAAGUCCCUCCCGUGAAUAACAUGAUGAUGGCCAACAACCCCGACGACGACGCUGCUCUGCACCAAUACUCGCUCGAUCACCAGCCCAUGCCGUCGUCCAGCUUCAAUGCUCCCCAACCUCAAGUGCCCUUCUCCAUAGACACCUUCAACCUCCACGACGACGCCAUCAUACACUCCGCCGGACCCUUCCAGUCAAACUUCGGCUUCUCUCCCGUCGGCUCACCCAUGAUGACGCAAGCACCUUCAUACUCCAACCUCUACAACCCCAACUCGAUGGCCUCGUCCCUCAACUCCACCGACUACUACUCCCCGCCCAGCUCCGCCUUCCCAUCGACCGUCUCGACCCCGCAGCCCAUGAACGAGGAGAACACGGUGUACUUUGAUCGCAAUGGCAUGGACAUUCGCGGUGCGCACUCGACCAACCACUCGUUUGGCCCUCACCGACCGUCCAAUCUAUCGUCGUCGAUGCAACCGCCGUACAUAUUCAACCCAGGCAGCACAGGAGCCGAGUCCAUGUUCGGGUCCGUCACAAGCGUGGGCGCUUCUACACCCUUUUCCGCAACCGCCUUUAGCCAACCCAGUACCAGCAUGGAUCCCUCGCAAAUGAUGCAUCACAACCUCACUUUGAGACAAGACAACAUGCCGAUUCCUCGACACGAGAACAUGUUCACAUUUGGGGCCGACUCGGACGUUGAAGACGAAGACGGCGGCGCUUUUCCGGACCGAACCAUGCCAGCUCAGAACGAAUUCUCCUCGCUGGAUGACGGUUCCCUCGACUUCAACGCCAACUUCCAGUGGGAGACGAGCCUUUCCAACCAGUUUAACCCCAUUCCAGCCCGCUACCCAGGAGGCCCGCCUCGCAAAACUGUCACCAUUGGUCCGACCGAGAUGGUUUCUUCACCGCAAGACCACUGGAGCGGCGCUGGUAGUCUCGGCCGGACUCACGGGUCGGCGGCAUCUGUGAGCGACAUACGCAAUCGGGGCAACGAUCCUCGACGGCAGAAGAUACCCCGCACUAGUUCCACUCCCAAUGCAGCAGGCUUGGCUUUGCAGAUGCAAGGAAGGCCGCAAUCCUCGCCCAAUUCUCCACCAGAGUCCGGCUUCAGCUCAGCAGCUCCAUCCCGUCCGCAGAGCCCCAGUGGUAUCAAGCCAGGCGAGCCCAGCAAUGCGCCCACCACCUGCACCAACUGCUUCACUCAGACCACGCCCCUGUGGCGCCGCAACCCCGAAGGCCAGCCUUUGUGCAAUGCUUGUGGGCUGUUUUUGAAGUUGCACGGCGUCGUCCGGCCACUGUCGCUCAAGACGGACGUCAUCAAGAAGAGAAAUCGAGGCAGCGGCAAUACGGCGCCCGUCAGUGGAACCGUGUCUAGAUCUUCCAAGAAGUCUUCCCGCAAGAACUCGUUGGCCCAAACCCCCGUCACAACGCCGACAUCAGGAAAAGGCGCAGAAUCCGAGUCUCCCAAGUCUACAGGAUCCGCUAGUGCUGGAGCUGGUGGAUUAGCCGCCGGUAGCGCUAAUUCGUCAUCAAUGGCUGCUUCCAAUGUCAAACCCGGCGGUGUAGUACCCAUUGCACCUGGUCCGCCGAAACCCCUACCAGCCAAUGCCGCCAAUACCGCACAGGCUCGCAGCGCUGUUGCACCCAAGCGGGCGCGAAGACAGAGCAAAGCGGAUCUGGAAAUGGCAGAUGCCGACGACACAAGUGGAAAGACUGCCUCGACACCGCGAAGAAAAGAGUCUGUCGCUUCCACAGCAAGUUCAGCACAGCCCCAGAAUUUGGGAAGCUUACCCAUGGGUGCUAUGGGCCAGGGAUUGACAAACUCUGGUCCACAAGAGUGGGAAUGGCUUACAAUGUCCCUCUAA